CCCACCCCCUCAGCCAGGUCCAUAGCACUGGAGCAGCCCUGCUGAUAGGGUUUCACUCUCUCCAGGGCGAAGAGGAGGGCAGGCAGUACAAUACAAACUCUGGGACACAAAUCUACCUGGGAAUCUAUAUUCCUCUGAGCUAAACUUUUAUCUGGGACCGUCUGGGACCUGUGUCUUCCUGUGGAUAUCUGGGUCUUAGCCAUGCCUAUCAAUACUCCUGCCCCUUCUCACAAGAGGAAGAAGGCCACUAAGAUCAUCACUGACCUGACCAACGUUAGCCAGAAUGACGAUGAGUCAGAUCCCGAGGCCUCUGAGCUCGACCUGGGCACCAAGAUCAAGACACCCAAGGACACCAUGCUGGAGGAGCUCUCCUUAAACACGAACAAGGGCUCCAAGCUGUUCAGGAAGAGGCAGCAGAGAGUUGAAAAGUUCAUCGUGACCAACGAGAACAAGCAGAACCUCGAGAACCUGCUGAUGUUCCCUCCCCCAAUUCCACCAAAGCCUGAGAUACCAAAGGAAGAAGUGGUGGAGGAGAAGGUAGAUGAGGAGGCGGAGAAGGAGAAGAAGAGGAAGGAGUAUGUUCGCACCUAUGUAUCGCCAUGGGAACGGGCCAUGCAUGGCAACCAGGAGCUGACAGCUACCAUGAAGUCCUCCAUGCCGGGACCCAUCCAGAUGCACCUAGAACUGCCUCUGUACAAGAGCUUCAACAGGACGGCGCUGCCAUUCGGCGGCUUUGAUAAGUUGCCUAAGAUGUUGACCUUUGAGCUCCCAGAGCUCAACGAUGCCACCGAGGAGUCGGAGACUAUGGCCAACCAGCACGCCGACAUCCGCUCACGCCCCUCAUUCAAUCGUACGCCCAUCGGCUGGGUCUGCAGUGAGGACAACUCAAACAUCCACAUGGAACUGGACAACAUCCCCUUUGACGGAGAAACAGACGACCUGUGAACACGCAUGCGCACACAAGAAGUACAAACACAUAAAAAAAAAAAAAAAGAUUUAAAACUGACUUGAUGGAAAGGGACAAUGUAUAUCCCCGUGGUCUCCUGUGUGCUUUCUAAUCGUUUGAUCCCCAACUAUGAUUGAGUCUUACUAUGACUUUGCAUACUGUGAGCUAAUGUGAGACCUGUGUGAUAUAGAUACAUAUGAGCACUCUGCGCUCUUAAAACAAUGUAUUUAUGCAAUAAAGUUCCCCUUUACAGAA